UGUCUUCCAAUAUUCAUUUUUGGAAUGCAAAGAAAUUUUUGGGUGCUCACUUUACAUUGAAAAGCACUGUAAAAAAGGCUGUCGAAUUUGUAAUUUGUAGUUAUACAAAAAUGUACUGGUGAAAAAGUAAAGAAAAUAAGCCCCACAAGAGCUUAAAGUAAUAUAUUUUGUGCAAAUUAAUACUAGACGCUUUGAAGUUAUCUGCAUUUGCAAACACUUUCCCCAGCAAUAGGAACAGUACAAAGCAGUUGGGAAUAGUUUGCAUUUGUUGCGGCCAUAUUUGUGAGCUCCGAUUUUAGCUUGAGAGGUUGGCUUCAAGGGGAGUGGAUCUAGUAGAAUCCUUCACAGUACCCUCUGCGCAUGCCAAUCGGUCUUAUUUUGUCAGAGUGAAGGAUUUUACGUGCUUCAGGAGUAGAAAGAUCCAGGUUGGAGGAAAGUGGAAGUUGCGUUGCACAUAAUAAGGCGCCCAGGGAAAGCACAAACGCUUAUAAUUUGUUGGAUAUAAAAAACAACGUAACAUCCCAAAGACAUGGAUGAACAAGAGGAAGUUCAACAAAAUAUGAUAUCGAAUUUACCGUUAUUGUUCGCCAAUGGCUAUCCAACAUCAUUGGAAAAAAUAACAGAGUCACAACUUGAAAAAUUCAUACCAUUCAUGGUACGUUGUUCGCUUGGUCACAUAAAUUUUCAAGAAAAAACAGACUGCAGUGAACCGGAAUGGUGGCCUGAAGAUUUUCCAUUCACCAUACCAUUUACAAAACCGAAGAAAUUCAUUGGGAAUUGGGCGCAAAAAAUGAAGGAAAUUAUCAUAAUAUGCUAUCAAUUUCACAGAAGCGUAUUUCUGCUACGCUUCUGCAACGAUUUAGCUGCGUAUGAGCAUGCGAGUCUACGCUUUAUAAACAAUUACAAUUCGACAACUUCACUCUUUGAAAGGCGCAGUAAUAAAUUGUUGGUGACGUUCAGAAAUGAAAACAUGUCAUACGAUCAACCACAGCGCAGUCGCAAAUGUUUAAUGCGACAGAAGUCGAAAAGUGGCAAUCAAGGCAGAUCGGAGGCCGAACAAAUAAUGGUCGAACCAGCACCAUUCGAUAUUUACUUAUGCGACAAUUGCGAUGCUGAACUGUAUUCGAAAGAAGCUAUUUCGGAACAUGAAAAGACUUGUAAUGUGGAUGACGACGAUGACGAUGUCAUUUUAUGUGAUACACCCGAACCUAGCGAAAACAAUGUACAGUCAACAGAUUCGAAACGAAAUACAGAGGACAAUGAGCUACGCAAUGGAUUUCUACUCAAUUUUAACCUGCAAUGUCGUGAUGAAAGCAAAAAUGGUAAAGUUCCCAGUAAGAAUGAACCGUCAAGUGCGUCGAAGGAGACUAAAGACGAGAAAAGCGGAUUCAUGAUUAUAGAUAAAAACAAGCGUAUGCCACGACGCAAUCGUGCUGUACACUCGUUAGCACGUUGCGCCACAAUACCGUUGUCAUCGCCUGCGGGACAACUACUUUUGCGUACUACAAAAACUGCCAUGACACCAGAAUAUUUAACAGAGCGUCUGGAUCGUUUGGAGCGUUUUUGUUUUGCACCCUUACUCUCAAAAUCCCAGGCGAAACCAAAAUAUUUUGAGAAAAAACAGACAUCCACCAAUACACAUUGUACAUUUAAAAAGCCACAAGAAUACAGUACGCAUGUCUAUGUUUUUCCACGACGACAAUUUUCACAACGAAGACGCACCGAAAGUUUUCUCUUCUUGAACUCAUCACUAAUAAGACGCUGCCGUCCCAUAUCGGUACGGCUAAAGAAAAUCACAGAUAACGAAGUGAAAACACGACGUUCAUUACCAAAUACAAAAUUAAAUAUAAAACUAACACGCGAUGCUACACGACGCUCCAAUUGGAAAAUAUCAUCGCCGUCUACCGAAAUCAUUGUGGACACAAUCGAUCUAUGCUCAUCGGAUGAAGAGGAAUGCCGUAUUAGUAGUAGUGGUAGUAGUAGUAAUAAUAGUAGUGAUAAGAAAGCGCAUGAGCUACAAAGACGUAGCGAUCCUGGUACAAGCAUUGAAAUAACGCGUAAAACGUUAGCAACAUUCACCAGCAGUCAUAUCGCCACCAAAACCUCAGCGAAAAGUGCACUAACAAUUACCAGUGGUAAUGGCAAAAAGUUAAGUCUCAAAGAAAUCUCUUUGUUUCCAAUACGAAAAUCGACGCGUACCAAUGGACCGGCUAAAGGACCAGAUAAGCCGCCAUUACCAUUAAAUGCUACAGCAAUAGCUAAUACACGCUUGUCUUUGACAGCAGCAACAACAAGUGUAGCUGUGAAUAGUUCCUCAACAGCAACAACUACUGCUGCAACAGUACCGGCAAUCAGCGAUGCGAAUAAAAUAUCUUCCACUUUCGAUGUGAAUACGCUACUAAAUCCAUCAACUGCUGCAAUAUUUGCGUCGCCGACAGAUAAUGGUAUUUCCUUACCAAAACCCUUACAACCAUCUGUGUAUAUAUUUUCAAAUUAUCCCGCUAACGCAUUGACCUCAACGGUGCCAACAAAUAAUGAAAUUACCACACCAAAUGCUGGUAAUUCAUUUCGCAAUCAAAAUCAAGAAAAUCAUGCACAAAACGGUACUAGCGCCGCGGCGGCGGGACUAGUUGUUAAACACCAAAUAGCCAAUAAUAGUGCAACACCUACAAUUACGCCCGACUGGUAUCCGGAAUUGAAUGCGUUAGCCACUAGUGCUAAUACAAAUUUAAGCAAUACAAAACAAACGCAUCUGGCGGAACGCGAACGUGCACGUAGCCUGUCUUUAGUACCGUCAAGUCGUGUUAUAUCCAUUGAUCUGACCUCUUAAUUUUGUAUGCUAAUAAGUCGCGUUCUAAUGCUAUUACAAUAAUUAAUAAUUAAUUUCUAUACAUUUAUACAAAAAUCUAGUUUAAAUUUAUCUAACGCUCGCAUUAAAACUAUUAACGGCGUUGUGUUUAGGUCUUAAAUCAAACACAUACGCAUACAUACAUACGCACGCACGCACUUUAGUUGAAUGUAUGUGCAGAAGGCUAUAUUGUUGAAAUGUACCUUGUACUAUAUGCUUGUGCAUAUAUAAAACGCGUAUGGACCUACAAAAAAUACCACUGCUGUACUUUUUCUUACAACUCAUUAAUUUAUUUUUAGUUUAUUAUUUAUUAUUCACCAACGUUAAAGCAUAGAAAAAAUAUUUAAAUAACUUAAAAGACUCGACAGGCUCGGCGCAGUGUAGAAACGAUUUUUUGGUUGUAAAAAAUAGUUAAUAUGUUUAUUUUUUUUUUUUAAAUUAAUACAACUGUGAUGGUUGAUUGUAAGCGUGCGUCAGUUUUUAUGUUGUUUUUAGUGCUUUCUGGAGUUAACAAAUGUGCACAAAUAAGUUGUAUUGAUCUCGAUCGAUUGAAUAUUAUAUUUAUUUUUAUAGAAACAUUACAUUAGGGUUGUCGGAAAAUGUGAGAGUGCAAAAUUUUAAAUAUAUUAUAUUACAAAUAAACCGAACUUUUUGCAAGAUUUCAAACUGUAAAAUUUACUUAAAAAUACAUUUUGAAAGAAAAAAAAUAUAUAUAUGUGCAUACAUAUUUUCUAAAUUUUCAGUUUAUUUCAUUUUAUUAAAACGAAAUGCGAUUUUACAAAACUAAUUUUUCCGUUAAGAUUAUGCUACUAUUUCGUUAAACAGCAACUUGCUAAAACUGCAGUAUGUAGUGGCAGUUAAUACCAGAAUAACUGCAUACCUCGCCCUCAAUCAGUCAAGCAUUUAAUAAUAAAAGAACACUUGCUUAUAAAUAAAUACAUUUGUGAAAAACAUGAAAAUACCAAAAACAACAUGAAAUCAUAGCGUUCAUUUUUUUCUAGCACACUUGUUUGCAAUAGUUUCGUACUCCGGUAUAAUAAUUAAAAUUAAGCUAUUAAAAAACAUAUUUUAUACUUUUCUGGAAUUGUUGACAGGUUGAAUGUACCUAAUGUAAAUAUGUACAUAUAUGAUAAUAGUUUUUCUAAAACAAAAAAUAAACUCAUACAUUAGCAAUAUGAAAAGAAAUUUAUCACCAAAUAAUCGUAUCUACUUUUACAGCCAUAAAAUUGCGGGUAAUGCGCAAAUUCUUAAUGAAAUCCGUUGAAUUUCAGUUGUAGUUAUGCAAACAAUCCAAUUUUAAGUUGUACUCGGUGUUAGUCACACUUCCAUGCACACUGGCAUGUAACAAAGAAUGAAGAAAGUUUUGCAAAAUUUGUUUAAUAAUCAUAGCACUGACUUUCGUCAACGAAAAAGCGACAACAUUAAGCAAUAUUUUAUAAUAUAUAAUUGCAAAUUUUGUAACAAAACAUACUUUCGUUUGCUGAGUUUGUAUUAGAAACAAUAUUUCUUAUUUAUUUAACGGAUAUGUUUGUAAAAUGUCAGAAAAGGGUUAAUAGUUUGAGAAUGAUUAAGAUUUUAAGUAUUUCGUAUAAACUAAAUUUAAUUGAACACCGUAGGACUGAAAAACACAUUAACGUUUUACAAAAAUUAGAAUUGGCUAUAAUAUAUAUAUGUAUAUAUAUUUUUUUCUUUUUUGUUUCUUAAAAUCUUAACGACUAGAUUUUUAUGCGCAUUUUUGUAAUUGUUUAUUUCAUCACUUAUUUAGCAAUUAUUCCAUUAAACUGUAAAUUAGUUAAUGCAAAAAUAUACUUAUGGAGCUGAUGAUUUAAGCAUGCGCGUCUACAUAUACGCUACUGCCCCACAAAUUUCCUUAGAAAAUAUGUAUUCUUUAUUUUAUAGUAAUAGCAUCAGUACCUUGCUACACACAAGUGUAUAGUAGUUACUUAUUCACAUAUAUUUAAGUUAAAAGCUAAUUAAUUAACAUUUUAAAUGAUAAUAUGUUGAUAGUUUAUAUAAACACUUGCACUAAGUUGGCAUUAUUUAUAAAUUAUUUGAAAUUGUUAAAAUUGCUUUGGACUUCAUAUCUACUGAGCACUGUCUGCAUUGUCUUGUUAUUUUGUCCAUAACAGGUGUGUGAAUAUAAUUUUAACGUUAAAUUAUUAAUAUAGACUUUUUAGUUUAAUUUAUAUUAUUUUUUAUUUAUUACUAUUUAUUACAGUAAUACAAUUGAAGUAUAGUAAAAGAGUAUCAAUUAUAAAUCCGCAAAUUCGUUUCAAACUUCAGCGAAGACAUUUGUACCUCAUUUACGAACAAAUGUUGAAGAAAUUACAAUAUUAGAAACUACGUUUUUAUGUACUUUUUCUUUUUAAAAUUUUCAUUUCUACCACAAAUGCUAUGUACCCAAAUAUUUAGUAGGUAUAUAUGCUAUAUAUAAGUGAAAUGUAUGUAUGUAACUUACGAAACAUAACAUUUAAGAGAUACACUUUAUUUUUCAAUUAAUUUAUAUUGUAGGAAAAUAAUUUACAAUAUGAAAACACUAAAAAUAUAAUUAUCAAAAAUUUCAUAGUGAAUAUGCAAUGAAAUUAAAUUUAAAUUAUUUAAGUUUGGAAAUUUUGAAAUUCGUUCGACCUAACUUCUAUGAAACGUUAAUUUGUGAAAUACUAAAUAAAUAUGUUUUUAUAGCUAUGACUAAGAAAUAUUUAGUGGUAAAAUACGUGUAUACAGUGGUAACUAAAUAAAGUGCGUACUGAUUCUUAAAA